AAAGACACUUCUUCUUUUGCGGAACUAAAGAGCAUACACCUGUUCUCCUGCCCGAGGCUCUCAUUUGUCCUCCAGUGGUCCAGGUUAUACAUCUUGAGAAGCUUGGAGACCCUCCACAUCACCUUCUGUGGUGAUCUAAGGCAGGUGUUCCCGGUGGAGCCAGAGAUUAUGACAAGUAUAGCUACAUACCAUCAAGGUGUACUGGAAUUCCCAAACCUGAAGCAUAUCUACUUCCAUCAGCUCUUCAAGCUAGAACAGAUAUGCGAGGCCAAGAUGUUUGCUCCCAAGCUUGAGACCAUAUGGGUCAGGGGAUGCUGGGGUCUUAGGCGCCUCCCGGCCGUCAGCCGAGGCAGCCGCCCGGCCCCCGUCGUGGACUGUGAGAAGGACUGGUGGGAGAAGCUGGAGUGGGAUGGACUGGAGGCCGGCCACGACCCUUCCCUCUUCCAGCCGCGCCACUCAGCGCAUUACAAGAAGCCCCUGCCUAGAGGAUCGGUUCUCUGGUGAGCCCAACAGACAGACAGUUCCAUCAGGUACACAUCCGCAAG